AUGUUUGGUAAAGUAAUAGUCUUGAUUGUUUCCAUAUUAAGUCUGUUACUUACUUACAAUUUCAUAAGGACAUCCCUUGUGUAUAAAAACAAGCAAGAGGUUGAUCAAAUAUUGAGUUACUUGAACAAAUACUUGACUCAAACCUAUUUUACUCCAGUAGCAGUUAAAACCUAAUAUAACUCAAUAUUGGUCAGACCGGAAGCAGAUUAUUGCAAACGAUCAGAUAUUUACAAAUUUUAUCAUCCUGAUAUUGUGAUGAAAGAUACUUAUACUUUUAGAGAAGCAAGAGGAGUUAUAAGAGAGACGUUGAGAUCCUCUUAUUAUGAUUGCAUCCCUUAGAUGACAUACAAAUUAAAAAAUACUUAAUAUAUACCAAGACACGUGUUACCUGUUUAAUUAACUCUUCCUUUUACUUACUACGAUUAAUUAGUGCAUAAAUUUUAAGUAGGCUAAGAAUCAUUAUGUUUAUUCCAAAAGUACAAUCACUUAAUUACUAGACAUGUACUUUCCCAUAAGGAUAAUCUAAUGAAUAAUUAAUACUUGUAUUUGGACAACCUAAGAAAAAGCGGAGUCGAUUAAGAUUGCAUAAACAAUGCUACAUUUAUUCCUAAGACUUAUAGAUUAUUUAAUAAGUUAGAUUGUGAAGAGUUUUUCACUUAUUUGGAUUCAGCUGAAUACAAAAGUCUAAUAGAAAGAGAGGGUCCAUAAUUUAUAACUAAGGUGGGCUUGGAAGUUCAUAGAGGACGAGGAAUUAAGGUUCUCUUUCCAGAUGAAACUCGUAUAUUAUAAGAUACUUACAAACACGGCAAAAGAUGUGGAGCUGAUAAAUCAUUGCUUGUAGCCUAAAAAUAUAUUGGGAAUCCUAUGUUAUUUAAUGAUCAUAAAAUAGAAUUUAGAGUUUAUUGGGUUCUCGCAUCAACUAAUCCCAUUAUUGCCUAUGCAUAUGAUAAGACGUUGAUUAGAAGGUGCAUAGCUACCUUCGAUAAGUUUUCUUUGGAUAAGGAGGCUCAUGUUUGCAAUACUGCUGUAGUACAAAGCACUUUGCAAAAGAAGGGAUCUGACUUAUAUAUGAGCGAAGAUAAUUCUGAUGAAUCAGAGUUGUACAUAGAUUGGAAAUUAGAUUAUUUGUAGGAUCUUUUAUUAAAGCAAGGCAAAAUCAAAGACACUAAGUGGCUCUAAAACUAUUUGCAUCCUACAAUUGACAGAAUGAUCAUACAUGCAAUUAGAUCUGCAUAACAAAAAUUUAAUAGAGAUAGUAGAUUAGCUGGAGUUUUUUGCUGCAGAUUUUAUUCUAACUGA